GCUGGACCAUUAUGCCAUUAUCAAGUUCCCUCUGACCACAGAAUCAGCCAUGAAGAAGAUUGAGGACAACAACACUCUGGUGUUUAUUGUUGAUGUCAAGGCAAACAAGCACCAGAUCAAACAGGCUGUCAAGAAGCUGUAUGAUAUUGAUGUGGCCAAGGUCAACACAUUGAUCAGGCCUGAUGGGGAGAAGAAGGCUUAUGUCCGACUGGCUCCGGAUUAUGAUGCACUGGAUGUAGCCAACAAGAUUGGAAUCAUCUAAACUGCAUCGACCCAGGACUGUACAGAUGGGAUAAUAAACCCUGU